ACAGUUGAAGUUAAUAGCACAGAUGCGAUAGUUUGUUAGCCGCUUUCGUACACACCGAAUGCAAAUGCGUAUGCGAAAGUGUAGAAGUCACAAAUCGCAGCUAAUUAGUGUCCAAAUCCCACCCGUAUGCAAGUACGUUCAAGCAAAGUCAAUUUGCAAACAAAAAAGUGACAAGUGCGGGACGAAAAUAAAAGUGUAAAAAAUUUAAUUAAUUCACUAAAUUUGGCAAAUCAUUAUUAUAAUUUUUUUUUGUCAAAAUAAAGCGUGUAGUAAAUGUACUUGAAUGCAGUAUUUGGUGAAAUAAUGCAAAAAAAAUGGUGAUAUGAAAAAAUGUGAGAAUUCUCAAAAUACAUAAAAGCGCCGAAAAAAUAAAUGAAGUAAAAAAAAAAGAAUUUGCCGAACAAGUACGCCUUGUAAAGAAGCGAAAAUAAACACACAAACCAAAAAAUAAAAAAAUUAAAAACAGAAUAAAUUUAAAAUGUAUCGACCCGCUUUAAUACAGUUAGAUUUUAUGCCGGAGCAACGUCUUCAAAUACCCAGCACCUCCAAUUGCUGUAAGAUUUGUAAAAAAGUGCCAGAAAGAAAGAAGCGCAGCCGGGUGGCUGACAAGGACGUCUGUGACACCAGCUUUGCUAACCCCACCACCACCACCACCAACACAACCUUCACUAACUCCCCUGCAUCUCUAGUUCCAUCGACCGAGUGCCACAUUAUGCUCGCCAACACAACACCAGCGCUGCAAGAUCCCGCCGCUCAAAAUUCUAUUGCCAGCAACGACACCCAACCACAGAUUGGUGGCGCUAUUGCGCAAAGCCGCCGACUUACAAUGCGUCGUCUGUGUACGUUGCUGCUGCUUUGUACUCUAUUCUCUGUUGCAGAGGGCUGCGGUCCGGGGCGGGGUAUUGGUGGGCCUCGAAAAAAUCGCAAACUUACGCCACUAGUUUUCAAGCAACAUGUGCCGAAUAUGUCCGAGCGAACGUUGGGCGCUUCCGGUCUCAAUGAGGGCGCUAUCAAACGGGAUUCGCCUAAAUUUAAGAAUUUGGUACCAAAUUACAAUAAGGAUAUUAUAUUUAAGGAUGAUGAAGGUACCGGCGCGGAUCGACUAAUGUCAAGGCGUUGCAAAGAGAAACUCACUAAUCUGGCUGUUUCUGUGAUGAAUCAAUGGCCCGGCGUAUUGUUACGUGUCACCGAAAGUUGGGAUGAGGAUAAUGCUCAUCAUACUGACUCCUUGCAUUACGAGGGACGUGCUGUGGACAUUACCACUUCCGAUCGUGAUCGCACCAAAUAUGGUAUGCUGGCGCGUCUUGCGGUAGAAGCAGGAUUCGAUUGGGUGUACUAUGAGAGUCGUGCGCAUAUACAUUGUUCGGUAAAAUCAGACUCCCAACACAUACCACACGUAAGCGGCUGUUUUGCUGCGGACAGCAGCGUACUGCUCGAAAACGGUCAACGGAAAUUAAUGCGCAAUUUGAAAAUCGGUGAUCGAGUACUCGCCAUGAGCGCUACGAGUCAACCCGUUUACAGCGAAGUUAUACUCUUCAUGGAUCGCAAUUUAGAGCAAGACGAAAAUUUCGUACAGAUUCACACAGAUGGCGGUGCUUCGCUAACCGUAACACCAGCUCAUUUGAUAUUAAUUUGGCAUCAAAUUGAAAAGCGGCUGGACUAUAUUUUCGCCGAUCGCGUACAAGAAGAUGACUAUGUUUUGGUAUACGAUCAGUAUGGCCGUUUAAGUCCACAACGUGUAACGCGUCUAAAGGCGGUGCAUAAGCUGGGUGUGGUAGCGCCUCUAACCCGCGAGGGCACUAUUGUGGUAAACUCGGUGACGGCUUCCUGUUAUGCGGUGGUGAAUAGUCAAAAAUUGGCGCAUUGGGGUUUGGCGCCAAUGCGUUUUAUGGCAGCUAUCAGUUCGUGGUUACCUGGUGGCAGCAAUGAUGUUGUGCCAACAACAGUAGCGGAGCAGACGAAGGGCGCGUCCAAUGCGACGUUGUACACAGCAACUCAGUAUAAGGGGAUUCAUUGGUAUGCGAGAUUUUUAUAUGCAAUUAAAGAUUUCGUUUUGCCGCAAGAGUGGCGAUACCAGUGACCUGAUUCAGGGCAUAUCUUAAGUAGAGAAGUGAGAUGUGUGUGUUUUGAGGGUGACGAGCCUAGUGGCUACUUCGCUAGUUGGGCGAAGCGCUAUUUUAGGUAAAACUAGGCAUCACCAAUCGUUUUAAAUAGUUGGAUGUACUGCAUUGUAAGCGACUUAGAAUUAUUAUUUUUUUAAUAUUUUGUUGACGCUGAAUGUUUACUACUUAUAGUUUAUUGAUUUGUUAGUUUCUAAGUAGGAAAUCUUUUAAUUUUUUUAUUAAUUCUAACUAAUUUAUGCUUCAGCAAAAAUGUAUGAAUGAAGGCCAGUGUAAUGUUAUGUAUUCAUAAAUAUUUUCGAUUUUAAGCAGUAACCCUAUUUCCAAUCUAUUGAGGACUAUUUAACUUAUUUGCGUGUGUGUUUGUAUGUAUGUGAAUGUAGUUGUAAGAAGCCAAAUGAGCAAAAAUUCCAGCGUUAUUAGUUAGUACGCACAUAAUGCAAGUACUGUGUACUCUCUCUUAAGUGGAUACCUAAGCGACUGAAAAAUUUGUUAACAAUAAUUUGCGAAAGAUCUUCAAUAUUUAUUUAGCCUUCUUUCCAAAACCAGAACAUCUUCUUCUUCUUGAUUUGCGCGAUUGUCGCUUAAACGAUUGUAGUAGAGUUUAACAAAGCGCGCCAGUCGUUUCUUUCUCGCGCUAACCGGCGCCAGUUGAGCACACCAAGUGAAGCCAAGUCCUUCUCCACAUGAUCUUCCUCUUCCUAUGCUACCACCAGCUGGUACCGCAUCGAAUACUUUCAGAGCCGGAGCAUUUGUAUCCAUUCCGACGAACAUUUGUAUCCAGCCAACGAAAUACAGCUCAUUGUUCGAUAUCCUACGAUACUCGUCGUCGCCAACGUGCAAACGUCCAAACAUCUUCCACAGAAUCUAUCUUUCAAACACUCCAAGGGUCGCCUCAUCGGACAUUAUUAUAGUCCAAGAAGACUUUACAACGCAAUUGCCUACUUAAUCCCAAGUAGCACUUAUUGGCAAGAGAGAUUCUCCGUUGGAUUUCAAGGCUGAUAUUGUUAUCGGUGUUAAUGCUGGUUCCCAGAUAAACCAAGUAUCUUAGAAGUUCAAAGUCAUAACUGUGAACAGUGACGUGGGCGCCGAUGCGUGAGUACGCCGACUGUUUGUGUGAGGGCAGGACGUACUUCGUAUUGUACCCAUUCCCCACUUGACCCAUUCGCUUUGCUUCUUUAUCCAGUUUAUCAUCCGAUGAUGUCAGAGAAAUGUAAAAAACCAAUUGUGUUAUGCAAGGAAUUCAAAUAGAUUUAAAAAGGCAAACAUUUUAGCUUGACACGUUUUUCCUUUAAUUUCAAUAUUUUGGAGAUAUGUAUAUUUGGAGAUCAGUAAGUAAUUCAGUGCAUUCGCUGUCGCCGUGAUAUAAAGAAGGGCUUUAGUUUGCUUGUAGCUAAAUAAUCCACUUUAUAAGAAAUGAACUUGUCGUCAAUCUCAUUUCGUAGUUAAUCUUCAGAAGCGAUUGUUGAGAAAUAAUUACCAUUUCAACAUUCAUUUUUUCUACAUCCCACCAUUUAUGAAGACUUAAUCAUCUAAACUUAGAACUCAAACUUGAACUUAACGCCACCUUAAAUUUGGUUCUGAAUUAAAUUAAUAGCUGUUAAAGUGACAGUUCAUCUUCUGCGGUCUAACCACCACCUUCCUUAGGAAUGCCUGUUUCCCCAAAACCAGCUUUUCUGAAGCAAUUUUUCAUUAUCUGUGGAUUCACUUGCUCGCACGCUUUACGUAUGAAAUGCAAAAUUUAUUGGCAACUUUGAUAACACUAAGGCCAAGUUUGUAGGCUGUCCACUUAUGAGGAAAAUAAAUAGCUUUUGUGGGCGAAAACAAUGCCGAGCUGCAAAAAUGCAAAGCUUGUCCGCUCAAAAGAGAAAAAUUUAAUUUUAAAAUUCGUAAGGAUUUGUGUGGUACAGAAAAAAAUGUCGGCUUAUGGGAGGUGUCCGUUAGGAGAGAUUACACUGUACAUAUACAUAAAUAUGUAUCUAAAAUGCGACUCUUUUUACAAAACCACAAACUACUUUUUGUUGUACUAUAUUUGUUAUUGUAUCGCAAAAACAAUAAAAUAUGAACUAUAUUUUGUAAUAAGCGAACAAGAAAAAAAUAUGGCUAGAAAUUGAUGUAUGAAUUUUAGUGACACUCACUGUACAUGAAAAGUCCAUACCUACCAAAAUGUCCAUUACGUUGACCUCACUAAUACGUCUAAUUAAAAAAAAAAAAAGUUCAAAGCUAAAUGUUUGGCAAGCUUCCGCCGUACGUCAUGCAGUUGGGUGGGAGAGGGCCAAACGUUGGGUAGAUUAAAAAAACGCAAAAAAGUUUACUUUUUAAUUUAAAGUUCCAAUUUGUUCCUUGUACGAGUAUACUUCGCUUGUUUGUUUAAAACAACUAAAUUAAUAAUUUUUAAGUACAAAAUAAAAUCUUUUCGCGUACCAGUUGUAGUAUAAAAUACUCAAAUUUCGAGCUUUUCUAUCCCUUUGUUUACUGCAUACAGUCAAUUCUAUAUUAUUUAAUUUAUAUUUUAAGCAAAGCCUAGCAAAACUAAAUAUUAUGAAAACUUAUGGAAAAGUUAACAAUUGAUAAAAUUUGUAAGUAUGUACAUAUGUUUGUAUGUAUGGCGCUAAGAGCCGAGCUAUGCCGAGUGCUUAGGAACUGAAUUUUUGGAAAAUAUUUAUUUCUAAACCUAUGCAACAAUUCUUUAUUAGUUUUAAAAUGUUUAAAGUUAACUGUAAAUAUUUAGCAAUGCAUUAGUUGGUAAUUUUCUGAAACUGA